AUGAAACUUUUCCUUGGAAUCGUCGCUGCUGUUUCAGCUCAAGGAGGAUCGACCGGAGGAAGCGGAUACUACCAACCGGUUUUCCGACCCUACUACGUCAACGAGUGCUGGACCUGCAACUCUACCAGCUGGGAGGACUGCCAGAACGACGGAUACUACGACUCCUGCAUGGAAAACGAGCAAGUCUGCGAGAUCGGAGUCCGAAAGCGAAAAGACGGGCCCGAGCAGAUCAUCACCGGCUGCAAGUGGUACCGAGCAUGCAGAGACAACCACGACCAAAACGCUGACUACCUCGAAAAAGGCCUUCCGCUGAAGGAGUGGCAGUGCCAGCCCCACUGGCAAGGCGGCCUCAACGGAUCCGUCUGCCGACAAUGCUGCAACACCGGAAAAGACUGCGGCAUCGACUUCCUCCAAAGAGAAGAUGACGGCCUUGGACCAAAAACAUACUCGGCAUGGAACAGCUACAACUUGAUCAACUGGCAUGAAGUCACCGGAGAAGGACCAAACUACCCAUUCGGCGUCCAGCGAGAUGAAAACUAA